UAUUAAAUACUGCUGAAUGUCUUUAACCCGGAAGUAGAAUCCCACAGCGGUCCUCAUCUGGCAUCACGCUUCCAACAUGGCGGUGAAUCUUACAGACCUCUCCCUGCCUCAGUUAGAAGGACUGAAGACCCAGUUAGAUCAGGAGGUUGAGUUUUUGACAUCUUCGAUUGGUCAGCUCAAAGUGGCACAGACCAAGUUUGUUGAUGCAAAAGAUAGUUUGAGCGUAUUAAAUGUUAAGAAUAAAGGUAAAGAAGUGUUGGUGCCUCUCACCAGCUCUAUGUAUGUCCCUGGAACAUUAAAUGAUGUGGAACAUGUCUUAGUGGAUGUUGGGACUGGUUAUUAUGUUGAAAAGAAAGUGAAAGACUCGGAAGCUUUCUUCAAGCGCAAAAUUGAUUUCCUCACAAAGCAAAUAGAGAAAAUUCAGCCGGCCCUCCAAGAAAAACAUGCAAUGAAGCAAGCCGUGAUUGAAGUAAUGAAUAUGAAGAUUCAACAGCAUCAACAGAGCCAACAGUCAUCACAGAAUGUUGGAACAACCAAGGCUUAAUGAGCAUAAUUAUGUUUAAGUCAAUGUUCAGGAACUCAUUAUUGUUGGACAGUAAAAUGCCUUUCAUUAAUAUUAGGGUCACAAUUGAUAUGCUACUGUAAUAAAGUAAAAAUAUUUGUAGUGCGUCAUGGUCAACAAAUGUAACUGGCUUUGAAUAAUAAAAUCACUGUGCAACCAAUAAACAUUUUGUUAUUUGUU